AUGUUCCUGCGCCUGGGUCCGCGCGCCGGCCCCGGGGGCUGCGGCCACCCGGCGCGGGCACACCCCGCCCUGGGCUGCGCUGCGAGCCCGGAGGAGGGGGCGCGCCGGAGGAGCGGGCGACGCUCUGAGUGUGUGUGGGCAGCCCUCUGGUUCCUGGUGCUCGGCUUGUGCCGCUCCUUGGCCCAGCGCAUCAGUUCUAGAAAUCUGGCAGGGCCCUGA